CACGCGUACGCGCUCCUUCGGUCUCCAUCCACAUGGACCAAGUAUACACAUGCUUACAUGUGCAAGCGAAAGCUGGCCGCAUGCUCUCACUAUCACCAUCCUCCAAAUAAGCCUUGACUCUCCUUACCGAUACCCGCCAUCUUAACCCGGCGCCAAGGAAAGCGACCCGCAAGGCUGCUCAUUGGGCUGCUUGGCGCUACGCGAAGCCCCUCCUUGCUCACCGGAAUCACAUCUUGGAUUUAACGACGCUCCCAAAGAUCAGCCUAGAAAGCGAAUAAGGCGACAUCAAUCAGGACGUCGCACAAGACGGCUGCUGAACUCAAAGCUCGCUCGAGGUGGAGACCAAACGAGUAUUUCUGAGCUGGAUACCCAUUUGAAACUCACGCGUGUCUGCAUUUAGGAUGGCCUCCACCGUAGCCUCCUCAUCGAGGAGCGCGCGCGUACCGGAUCUCGACGUAUCAGCGCUUUCUCCUACCGAGUAUGCCAACCUGCCUGGCUACGUCAUGGGCUUGCAGGCUGCCAGAAGUGGUAGGGAGGGACACAUCGAAGAGUCCGAUGUUUUGCGGUUUCUUAGAGAUGAAUGUAACAUUAAUGUCGACCAAGAAGUGCAAAUAUUCUCCCUGCUCGAGCGCUACCCGUACGGCUUGCCUACUGGCGUCGUGUAUGCAGUUUUGCGACUCGCUUCGCACGCUCAACGAGGUGAUCCAGUCAGUCCAGAAGCCGUCUUCACGCAAACUGUGCCGGUGCGAGUAGGCGCGGGCUCGAUCCAACCCCCUCCCCAGCACAAAGCAAGCUCAAACGCCAAGGCUAGCGUCAACAGCAAUCAGAGCAGCGCUAGCAGUAGUAGCCCGACAAAAUCCCGCGCCCCGCCAGAGGUUCCGUCCAAACCUUCGAGAUCCAUCACCCUCGCACCUGCCCCGGUCGCUCCUGCACCAGUGACUCCCAUGCCUGGCAACAGUCUUCAACCACCUCUGACACCGACACCCACCAAACUUUCAGCAAUGCAAGAGGCCGCAAACAAGUCUCACGCUGCCCCCAAGGCAAAAGAAGUAGAACAUGGUCGAUCGCCUGCAAAUCCAUUCAGACCCACCCCUGUCCUGUGGAAUGCCUCCGCGCUGCCAGAUUCUAACGUGGUAGCUCCUAUCGCUGUUUCCGCUUCAGAAGCUGGCGUCCACGCUUUCAAGCAGUCACAUGCGUCGGGCGGCAGCACUAUGCCGGUCGCCGUCAAGCCGAAGCCAGUAAAGCCGGUGCCCGUCUCAGCAGAUGCCAGCACUUCUGUCACGGCAGGGCAAGCGCCAUCGCGCUCGAGCACAGCCGCGUCAGGCCGGCGGGAGAGAGACAGAGAGAGCUCUCGGUCGCCGGUGAUCGGUCGAGGCGGUCGGGAGGGAAGCUUGCAUGGCAGUGUGGCGGAUAGCGAAGAGACUUCAGUGGCGCCCGGUCAAAGGCUAGCAACCUUUGGCUCUCCACCCCUCCCACCCCGACCUCUCGCUGGCGAUCGAGCUGCUCCGCCUCUACCUCCCCGUGGCGCAAAUCCUCUCAUUCAAGCUGGUCUCGCUGCGUCGAGAGAAGUGCGCGCAAAGAAGGACGCACUGCCGCCAAAGACGUACAGCGUAAUCCAGAGUAGCGCACCGGUGAAAAAGGUCGAACCGCGCCUGCUGGACGGGAAGCUCCCCCCACCUGGGGCCCCCAUUCCCGUCACGCCAGCUCCUCCUCCACCCCGACGGCGACCUACAGCUUCGGCCGGCUACGACCCUCGCCGGAGCAUCAGCGAGAUACCUUCUGGGCUCUUACGACCUGCUAGCAGCGUUGAUGGCAAGGAACCCGCGGGACCCCAGCAUGCUGUACCCCAUGCAAGCGGAUCUACCCCGCUGAAAGCGCCUCGAGCGGUCAGCAGCGGGGUGGUGGUGCCCAGCGCACAGCGAGCACUGACGGUGCACAAGCCAAAGGCGUCUUACGGAAGCGUCGGAAAAUUGGAUGGCAAAGGGGGCUUACCUUCAUGGCUCCGAGAGCAGGAAGAGUUGCAAAGAUCGUCUUUGGGAGAUGUAGGACUUGAAGCUCCUCGCUCUGCCAGUCUGCCGCGGGUGCGAAAUCCGUCGAGCGGGCAUGCAUCGGUCGACGCCCCGCCUAGCGUGUCUUCCUCGCGCAUCGAAUUCUUAGACCAAGAGUCUGAAGAGGAGGACGAUGACGAUACUCGAAGUGGACAGGCUAGCGUUGCCGCUUCCAUCGAUCGCAACAACCCCUUCUUCAUGCGCUCGUCCCGAGACGCGGAUGCUCAUCUGCCCGUGACGAUCGGAGAGCCGCUCACAAAACUGGCUGUGGAGCGAGCAGCUGCUGCGGCCGCCAUAUUGGAUGGCACUGCACCAGUCGGCACGCAAUGGAAUCGACCUGUGUCUGACGGAUCAACCAGUGUGGCCGCUUUGGGCGAAGGGGGUCGUCCUCUUGGCCGAAGCAAGACGCUGCAAUCGCGCGCCGCUCUCAAUGGCAUGAUCCCUGCUCCACCACGCCGCAAGCUCGAAGAAGGUCCAGCGGCGUUUGACGCUGGCACCUACCGCGGCUUUGGCAAGCAGUCUCGGCUCGAUACACCACAGAGUGGUGGUCUUCGCCUCAACCCUACUACGAAGAAAGCGGAUGUAGGGAUUCCGCCUCACCUAAUCUUGGAAAGGGAGAGGGAGAAGGCGAGUAGAGAGCGUGGCGCUUUGCAUCAAAAUCCUCCGCCCGCUCCUCCCCCACCUGUCAGACGCCCGAGCGCGGUGGACAGUAUCACGAGCAGUAGCGGAGGUGUCACACCACUGUCCCCUCGUGAUGGAGAGCCUCCCGCGGGUACCUCAAGCGGAAAAGGAAUUCGCGAUAGAGUGUCGGGAUUUCUUGGCCUGAACGAGGGUCUUGUGAAAGGGUCCAGACCUAUCGAUCAUCUGAAGAAUGACAUGGUCGGCGUGGCUGAGCAGCACAGCUGGGUAGCUCGAGCCGCGGAAAGAGCCAAGGGUCGGCCUAUGCACGAAGGGACCGUAGGCUUGUUGGAUGGAGGCGACGACGUUGCAGUGCUGGACGAGGAUGCGCCGGAUGUCGACGACGGGUAUGAACAGAAAGCGUUGGACAGACCAACGCCAUUGUAUCCGUCUGGUCAAGCAUCCGCAUCUUCGACGCCACAGCGCUCCAACUCCCUUCGGGCAGCGCCGGUGCCACCCAAACCUUCUGAGCUCCGGAGAUCGAGCUCUUCGGCUCGGAGGAGCAUCGCCAUGAUGGAAGGACCUUUUUCGGACUUGUCGAGAGAACACAGAGCGGAAAAUGCAAGACCUGAAAAAGCCGCCUUGCAACAUGUCAAAACUUCAUCAGGAUCAUCGGGCUACGAAUUGCCGGAGCCGGACGUGGAUGGCGUAAAGCAUGGGUAUGCACAGCUUUCCUGAGACAACAUUGCAACGGCGCUGCGAGCUAGCGAGCGCAGACUGAGCUGCAGCGAGAUCAAGCCAAGCUUCUCGCCGCUCAACACACCUCAUCGAUCAUUCGCCUACCGCACUCUUCCUUUACUAUUCGACUCCCCCUCUUCGCCUUCUUGACAAUAGCUUUCUUUUCUUCUUCGUCCGCAUUCAUUCGCGGACUCUUCCGUCCUCUUUCCAUGGCAGCAUUGAACUCUUUACCCAUCACUUGUCGCGUCGUGCACAGCACUUGUAUGUUCCUCAUGCCUCACAAAAUUCUAGAACACGUCCAACGUACCUGCGACACAUCCGUCAAUCAAUCGGUUCAAACGUUUAC